GCUUCCGGCGGCGAUGGCGGCCAAGCGGAGCACGGACGAGAUGCGGGAGCGCGUGGUGCUGGGCGAGUUCGGCGUCCGCAACGUCCACACCACCGAUUUCCCCGGCAACUACCCCGGCUACGACGACGCGUGGGACCCGCGGCGCUUCGAGGAGGCGUUCCGCGUGGACGUGGUGAGGGAGGAGGACGGCCUGCUGGAGUUCGACAUGGUGGGAAUCGACGCGGCCAUCGCCAACGCCUUCCGCCGCAUCCUGCUCGCCGAGGUGCCAACGAUGGCUGUGGAAAAAGUGUUUGUGUACAACAACACGUCCAUCGUGCAGGAUGAGAUCCUGGCGCACCGCCUGGGCCUUAUUCCCAUCCGGGCCGACCCUCGACUCUUUGAGUACAGGAACCAAGGAGACGAAGAGGGGACGGAAAUUGAUACUCUGCAGUUCCAGCUGAAAAUAAAAUGCAGCCGGAAUCCUCAGGCAGCCAAGGAAUCAUCAGACCCAAAUGAACUGUAUUUCAAUCACAAAGUGUACAGUAAGCACAUGACAUGGGUGCCCUUGGGGAAUCAGACAGACCUCUUUCCAGAUGCUGACUUCCGACCUGUCCAUGAUGACAUCCUCAUAGCACUGCUGCGACCUGGCCAGGAAAUAGAUGUGCUCAUGCAUUGUGUCAAGGGCAUAGGUAAAGAUCAUGCCAAGUUUUCUCCUGUGGCCACAGCUAGUUAUCGACUGCUUCCUGACAUUACUCUCCUGCAGCCUAUUGAGGAUGAGGCAGCUGAGACGUUACAGAAGUGCUUUUCCCCUGGAGUCAUCGAGAUCCAGAACAUCAAAGGAAAAAAGGUGGCAAGAGUAGCCAAUGCACGGUUGGACACAUUCAGCAGGGAAGUCUUCCGACACGAGGGUCUGAAAAACCUUGUGCGCCUAGCAAGAGUGCGAAAUCAUUACAUCUUUUCAGUGGAGUCGACAGGUAUCUUGCCUCCAGAUGUGCUGGUGACUGAAGCCAUCAAGAUACUGAUGGGAAAGUGUCAGCGUUUCCUGAAUGAACUGGACACGGUGCCUAUGGAGUGAGCAGGCUGUAGCCAAGAAGCACAACCCUGUGCUGCUGUUUCGGGCUUCCUACUCUGGCCUGCAGGAGUGGUUCUUCUGCCCUAGGCGUAAGUUUUGAGAUGGAUUUGUUAAGAGCCCUGGGACCAUCUCUUUGAACUUGUUUUAUGUGUGACGAGCCUCAGUGAGGAGAUGCACUGAAAUAAAAGCUUUCUUUUACCUCUG